AUGGAAGUAGUUGAACAAGGAGGAAGCGCCUUUGAUAUGGCAGAUUUUAAAAAGAACGAAAAUUUUUUAGACCAAAAUUUAAGAAAUUAUUUUAAUUUAUUGUAUAUGAAUGAAUGUAAUAACAUUUAUAAUAUUUGCAAAAUAUGCAAUAUAUACAACCGCUUACAUAACCUUAUAUGUAAUACCGCCCGAAAUUUAAUACGUAAUGUAAUACUUGACACCAUACAUAUUGUAGUGUGUAAUACUAUAGGUAAGAAUUAUCUCCAACAAAAUAAUAAACAAAGAGGUUAUCCCCUUAAUAAAUGUAGUGCAGCAAAUAGGCUGGCGAUUUCUACCCGAGAUGAUAUUAUGAUAGUUUGCGCAGAAAAAUUUGUAGAUAUUUAUUUCCAACAAACUAUGAAGUUUUAUUUACAAAAAGAGAGCAAGUAUUAUAAGAAACUGUGUCAUAUUUGCAAUAUAAUAAUAACUCAUGUUAAUUAUCUAGUUGAAAAGAAGAAGAAAAAAAAAAAAAAAAAAAAAAAAGAAGUAAUUAAUUUAAUUGAAAAAGAAGUUAACGAUUAUACGAAAACAAUUGAUUAUGAGGAAACUAAACGAAUAAGCAGCAGUGGUAAUAGCCAUCAGGACUUUAGUGAUCCUGGGGACAAUACAAUUUAUUUGAGAGAGAUAAGUCUAAACAAUGAAUUAUCCAGUACGCCAUUUCAAAGUAUCAAUAGGAGUAAAAUGGAUAACGUUCCUUUUUUCAGUAACCUAGAAAUUUUAUACCAUAUUAACAUUGUGAGAAAUGUGCAUAGUAUAAUUAAUAUGAAUCGUCAAACCAGUGUAAGUCUUAUUAAUAAAUUAGGGUCGUUAUACAAUCACAUUGUUGGCACAUGCCGCACUGUUUAUGGUAACGACCUUGUGAAUGAUAAUAUCAAUGAAUAUAAUAGCCAUAAUACGGAUGAAGGUUGUAGGGAUAGUACAGAUGGAGAUAGCCAUCAGGACACAAGGGAAAAUAAGGACUAUAAUGAUAGGGAAAACAACGAGUAUGAUGACAAAAGUAGUAAUAAUAAUAAUAAUGAUUAUACCAAAAAAAACAAUAAAUGCAGCAGCGAAGGUAAGAGGAGCAGUGGCAACGAUAAUGAAGGCGAUGAGGAUGGCGAGGGACAAGGGAAGGGGAACAACAACAAAGAGAAUGAUGAAAAAGAGAAGGAAGAGGAGGAGAAUGAUAACAAUGAGAAUGACAACGAGGAGAAUGAUAACAAUGAGAAUGACAAUCAGGAGAAUGAUAACAAUGAGAAUGACAAUCAGGAGGAUGACAAUCAGGAGAAUGACAAUCAGGAGAAUGAUAACAAUGAGAAUGACAAUCAGGAGGAUGAUGAGGAUAAAAGCGAUGACGAGGCGAAUGAUGAAGAAGUGAGUGAUGACGAGGAAAAUGAUGAUGAUGAGAAUAAAGAGAGGAACCACAGCGGAGAUGGGGGGAAUGAGCGAAAGAGGAGCAUUUACAAGUUUUACUACAACAAAAUAAAGGAAAUAAAAUCCAACAUGUUCAUAAAAAGAUAUAAGAAUUCGGAAAAAUAUAUUAAAAAGAAAAUAUUUAACUACUUGAGUAAAAAUAAUAUAAUUGGUGAUAUAGAUAUAGACAGUAUAUAUAUAUAUGUAAAAAAUGUUUAUUAUAUAAUUAUAAAGAAUGAAAAACUUUUAUAUUUCUUCCUAUGUAAUACUAAGGAUGUUAUGAAUGCUAUUGUAAAGAAUGAGAAAAUGAAUAAAGUACGUUACAUAAAAAAAGAUUUCUUUUUGUAUUUCCUUAUGCGUGAAAAGGAAAUAUAUGCAAAAUUAUUUAAUCAGAUUAAUGCAAAAUAUGAAAAUGGUGAACUAUUAUUGAAAUUAAAAAAUCUACGAAGGAAAUUGAAGAAAUUAAAGUGUAAAGAAGAGAAUAACCUGUUCGAAGAGAGCAUGCAGCAGUUGUAUUUUUUGAAGAGGAGCAACAGAAGCUACAGGAAUGAUGAUGAUGGUGGUGUUAAUAUCAGUAACAAUAACAUAAAUGGUAACGUCAACAACAAUAACAGUAGCAGUUGGAGUAAUAAUAAGUAUAAUCCCCUGGCGUAUAGAGGGAUUUACCACAGGCGCAAUAACUCACUUUACCCUAGUAACUCUGUGCUAAAUAUAUCCUUAAAAAAUUUAAUACCGAAACUGUACAAUUGUAAAGAUUUUAAGGAGACAAAUAAUUUGAUUCAUAACAUUGGGAGAAGCAUUAACAGGAGAUGCUUAUUUUCUAGCAUUGCGCAGAAGAAGAAAAAAAAGAAAAAGAAAAAGGAGACGCAUAGCAAGGUUGCCGGUAGUUUUAGUGGUAAUAUGGGUGGAAUUAUCGGCAAUAGUUACGCUAAUAACUUUGGUACUAAUUGCGUCAAUAACUUUGGCACUAAUUGCGUCAAUAACUUUGGCACUAAUUGCGCUAAUAACUUUGGCACUAAUUGCGCUAAUAACUUUGGCACUAAUUGCGCUAAUAACUUUGGCACUAGUUAUAGUAACAACUAUGUGAGCAUGUGCACAAGUAACUACAAUAUUUCAUAUGGUACCAAUUUCAAGGGAGAUACUAACCAGAUAGAAGAGAAUAAAGAAGUAAAGAAGAAAUCUGUUAGAGGAAUAACAUCUUUUACACUGUUUGCAAGGGAAAAGAGAAAAGAAUUGUUGAACCAAAAAGUGUUUCUAGGUAGUUCAUUAACAGAACAAACAUCGGCAGUUGCAAAAAUAUGGAAUAGUUUAAGUAACGAAAAGAAAAAAGAAUGGGCUGCUAAAGCAUCAAAAAUAAAUGAAGAAAAUUUCUUAUUGCAGAAAAAAAAAUUUACUGCAUUCAGUAUAUUUGCACGUGAAAAAAGAAAAGAAUAUAAAGAGAAAAAUAUUGAUAUGGGUAUAACCUUAGCUCAACAAAAUUCAUAUGUUUCCAAAUUAUGGAAACAACUUUCCAAUGAAGAAAAAAAUAGAUAUAAAAUUUUAUCAAAUAAUGUAAAUGCAGCUGUAGCGAAAAAUUAUAAAAGUGAUGUAAACUGUAUGAAUGGAGAAAGGCCCAGUGGAUUUAAAGGAAGAAUUAAGGCCUUAGACAAUAUGAUGAGUCAGCAUUUUUCUAACAAUAGCUUGGGAUAUAACAUAAACGGUGUUAGCAGAAUGAACAAUGUUAGCACCAUGAACAAUGUUAGCACCAUGAACAAUGUUAGCGGCUUGAACGGUGUUAACUGUAUGAACGACAUAAACAGUAGUAAUAUGAGUUACAUUAUAGAUAACAUAAACAGUGCAGACGUUAUUAACAACUCUCAUUAUGUGAACGAUGCAAUAUGCAACUUAAAUAAGAGUGGACCAACAUUUGAUAACACAAGAGAAAAAAAAAAUGGUAAAAUGAAAAAAAAACAGGAUAUAAUGCAGAUGGAACAAGGAAAAUUGAUGAAUAAUAAUUAUAUGUAUAGAAAUACAAAUUCUUUUUACGACCCUAAUUAUAAUCCAGCUAUUUAUCAAAAUAUUACAAAUAUGAAUAAUCAUCCCUACCAAAAUGGGGAUAUCUCAAAUAAUAACAUGGCACCAUCUUACAAUAGAGUUAACAACGUUUUUUCGAAUAAUAUGAUCAGUGGCAAUUCUUGUACGAUAUCUUUUCAAAAUGAUAACAAAGCAUCUUUGUAUCUUCCAGGGAAGCAUAACAAUGUAAUGACUUACUAUUCACACGGUGAUAAUUCGAGUAUAAUUGGAAUUACCGUUGGCAGCAUACAUAAUACUAGUGGAUUGACUAAUCCUAGCGCCAUGAGUAAUAUUAAUGAUGUUCCUAGUAGUGCCAGUGAUAAUAAUAGGAUUCAAAUAAACGGAGAAGGAAUAAAAAACAUUAUGAAUAGUGAUCCCAAUGUAGCAACUGCUGGUGAAGUAUCGAUUAGUAUAAAUAAAGACAACUGUUCGAUGAAUAAUGACGAAUUGCAUAAUAAUAUGUUAAGCAUGAACGAUACAAACAUGUAUAACAUGAAUGGUAGUAACUAUGGCAUUAGCAGCAGCCAUAACAAUAACAACAAUAUAUUUAAUAGUGCGUCCAGUAGUAUCCACCUCAACAGAGGAUAUAUUAAUAACCCCGGCAGUGAUAACGUUGGCAACAUGGACAAUUUGAACUUGACAAAUAGAAAUAUAAAUGCAGAACAAUUUAUAUACCAUGGAUAUAACAAAAAUACAAUAACAGGAAAUUAUGGACACGCUUUGAAUGAAGUCCAUUUGAACGAUAAUGAUUUAUUACCUUAUAGACAAAAGAAUAAAACUAAAGUUGAAGAGAUGUUAAGGAAAAAAAUGAAAAAAGAUGAAAAACAAAAAUUGAAAGAAAAAAAAAUGAUGAUGAAAUUAUAUGAUAAAAGACGCAAACAGUUGUUGAAGGCUGAAAAGUUGAUGGAAAAAAAAAAAAAAAAAAAAAAUUUUAUUAAUGGCAUUAACGGUAAUGCUGGCGGUAACGCAAACAGUUAUAGUAAUGUUAACCACAUUAGCACUAAUUUACUAAACGGAAAUAGCGAAAAAUGCAUGUAUUAUGCACCCAACGUGAUGAACAAUAACGACAUGAGUAUGAAUCCUUUCGGUGUAUCGAACACGUUAAUGAACAAUUCAGUUGUUAAUAAUUUCACUUUUUACUCAAACUUGGACAAGGAAGGAAUUAAGAUCCUGAACACUAACCACGUAAACCUUACAAGUAACAGCGUUGCGGCGGGGGGUAUGUCAGCUGGAGCUACAACACCAAGCGGAAGUACCCCUAGAGGAGUUACUGCUGGCGGAAUUAGCUCUAACGCACUUGCUGCAGGCGGAGUUAUUACCAGCAGAAUGGGGAGUGGAAACAUUAUUAGUAAAAAUGUAAUUAGAAGAAACUUAACUAGUAAUACUAUUCCAAUAAACAAUAUUGGCAAUAAUAGUAAUAGUGACAGUAACGCGAUGAACUACCAGAUGUUAGGGAACUCGAGUAAUUUGACGAAAGGGAACAGUAACGAAUUUGCCUCGUACAAUUAUAUGAACAAAUAUGCAGGAGGUAUCACAGACAUAAGAACUUAUAACCAAACUAAUCGCGUCCAUAUAAGGACAAAUAACAACAGGAAAAAUUAUGAACAGAUCAAAAAUAUUCAGGAUAAUAAAGUACCUAAUCAUAGUAGUGCUCAAAAUGAAGCAAUUUACCAGAACACUACUAAUGAGAAACUUAAAAAGAAAAACUUAGUAAACAACUUAGAUACUAACAUAACCAAUUUUAGUGGGAUUGUAAGCGGCCAAAUAGGAAACGCAAGCCGUCAUAUAGGAAACGCAAGCGGUCAUAUAGGAAACGCAAGCGGUCAUAUAGGAAACGCAAGCGGCCAAAUAGGAAACACAAGCGGCCAAAUAGGAAACACAAGCGGCCAAAUAGGAAACGUAAGCGGCCAAAUAGGAAACGUAAGCGGCCAAAUAGGAAACGUAAGCGGCCAAAUAGGAAACGUAAGCGGCCAAAUAGGAAACGUAAGCGGCCAAAUAGGAAACGUAAGCGGCCAAAUAGGAAACGUAAGCGGCCAAAUAGGAAACGUAAGCGGCCAAAGCGAAAGCAUGAACAACGUAAGUUAUUUAAACGAUGAGUCUUACUACAACAACAAUCGUUAUGGAGAUUACGAUUAUAAUAUGGGCAAUUAUUACAAUGAAGUGAGAAGCAAUGAUACCACCACCAUGUACCAACACACGAACAGGAAAUAUGAUGUGGAUAAAAUACAUAAUUAUAACUUAACCAAUUUAGACGAAAAGAUGGUUAAAGAAAAAAACGUACAGCAAAAUAAUUUGACGUUUAUUGAUAAGGACACAUCUCCAUUUUAUUCCGUAAACCAGAUGUAUAAUCAGAGUGACAACAUUAGUAACGUUAAUAACUUUGCAAGCAUUGACAAUAAUGUAAAAGGGGUGAGUGGUACAGGUGGUAUAAGUAACACAAGCAGCAUUGUCGGUGUAGGCGGGUUCUAUGAUAUUAAUAGGAUCAACAAAAUUCCUUCUCAGAGCGGAAAGGGGGCAUAUGGAUACAAUGCAAGUGGCCCUAAUUUAAUGAGCAAAAGUCAAGUAAAUAUAAGCCCAAACGGUUAUACUAAUAGUAACCAAAUGAAGGCAAAUAUGAGUUUAAAAGAGGAAAAAUAUUUCAUUAAUAACAAUAAUAGAGGUAGUGGCAAUAACAAUACUAGUAGCAGUAAUAACAACGGUAAGAGUGCGAUUAGCGGGGAUGUAUACCAUAACAGUAAUUAUAGUGGCUGUUGUAAAGAAAUAGCAAAGGAUUCAGACGAAAUUAGAAAAGGUCUAAAUUAUGAUAAAAAUUAUUACCAUGAAAAAAAUAUGAACAUGUACAUAAAUAAUAGCAAUACGCUUAGUAUGGAUGUAAAUAGGAACAAUUUUGAAAACAAUUUAUAUAAGAAUGAUCAUCAAAAUAGGCAAUUAAAUAACACAUCUUAUUUUAAUGAAAAUACAAAAACUACGAGUACCAUAAAAAAUAAUAUUUUGGGAUCAGAAACGGUAAAUAAUAAUUACAAUAGCUUAAUAACUACCACAGCACAGCAUCAUACUAUUAAUUUAAACGAAACAAUGAACAGUGAUUUGAAUAUGAACUUAAAUUAUGGCACCUUAAAUUACGUAAACAAUUGUGGAAAUAAUGACAAUGAUAUUGAUCAUAAUCAUAAUCAUAAUAAUAAUAAUAACACCAUAUAUUUUUACCCCCACAAUAGUGCCAAUAACGGCACUAAUAUCAGCAUCAGUAUGGGCAGCAAUAAUAGCAGUAACAAUUACGAUGGGAAACAUAACAGUCCGGAUAUGUACAACAACGAAGAUGUUAACUGCGUUACGAAUACAAAUAAUUUGAUUUAUUAUCCUGGUCGUGUGUUCGAGGAAAAUAAGUUGAACGAAAACCUUGUAUACUUUGAUGCCGACAUUCAUAGAAUACCCGGAGUGAUGGAAGAUACUGAAGUUGGUGGUCCCAAGGAAAAACAAUUUUUCAAUAAUGCUUCUCAUUUUUUAGAGUUAGUAAAUAAAAAGAUAAGAAGAAAAAAAAAAAAAAAGGCUAGUUCCGUUAAUGAUGUUAGUGAUAACGGAUGCACCAUUUGGGACCUAGUGAUAAAGAACAGAAGGAAAAGGAAUAAAAGAAAAGACAAAAAAGAUACGUGCGAAGAGCACUGUGGUAACAAUUCAGUGGAAGGAGGAGAGGAUAGAAACGAAAGCAACGAUAUUAAUAUCUUAAUGUCAUAUGAUGAAGGAAAAGUAGGCAUAAAUCAAAAUGAUAACUAUGCAAGUAAAGGUGAAUAUGAUAUUAUUAACUGCAUUUUUAAUAACACGGAAAGGGAAGAAAAUGCUUCAUUAUAUGGUGAGCAAGUGGAUGAAGCAGCACACGAAAAGGUGGGCAAAGAAGAAGGCACUGAAAGAUUGGCGAGUGUGGCAGACGUAGUAGACGUGGCAGAUGUAACAGACGUGGCAAAUCCAGAAGACCCAAUGGCCGAAAGCAACUGCGACGACUUCCUGAAUUUUCUGAACGCGUGCAGCUCGAAUUACUCGAAUAAAUUAAACAUAAAUGAGAAUGGAGAAAUUAUAUAUGAUGACAAAAGGAAAUGUAAUUCGAAUAAUUUAAUAAACGAAAAUUAUAAUUGUGAUAAUUUAAGUUUGUUAAUGAAAAAAAAAAAAAAAAUUAAUCAAAAUUUGAAUAAUUGUCAAAUAGAAAAAUAUAAUAAUGCUUAUAAAAAAAACAAAUUAUGUAAAUGGACAAAUAAAGAAACUGAAAAAUUUUAUGAAGCUAUUGAAAUGUUUGGUAUUGACUUAAUGAUGGUUAGAGCAUUAAUGCCAAAAUUUUCGGAUAAACAAAUUCGUGAUAAAUAUAAAAGAGAAAAAAAAAUAAAUCCAUCCAAAAUUGAAGAAGCUAUAAAAAAGAAUAAAGUAAUUGAUCUCGAUGCCUAUGAAAAUGAAAAUGGGAAAAUUGAUAACUCAACACACUACAAGUACUAUGAGUCCACCUCCUCCAGUGACAGUGGUGAUAAUAAUAGUGUGAAAAAGAAUAAAACAUGGACAGCUGGCGAAUCAGAAAUAAAUAUCCUGAGCAUUUUUGAUGACAAAGAAGAUGAAUAUAAUAUGGAUGAUUAUAGGUCCAACCAGGAAAAUCCUGAAAUCAACAUUUUAACGUUGUUUUAA